AUGAAACUACAUUCCUCCGCCUAUACUGGCCCACUUUUGACCGCUCUGCUGCAUUCUGGUGUAGCUUCCGCGGCGUACAGCACCGCUAAUAGCUCCAUGCUGCUGUUGAGCAAUGACUCAACGAUGAACUUUGACUUGCUGACUCCUCUCGGCGAGUCCAUCACAGGAGGAGGAGACGUCGGCCCUAUUCUUGGCGCAGCUAAGGAUAUCAAAGCCGGAAACAUGACGUCCUUUAGCGAGGUCUUCUAUAAGCUCGCCAAGGAUACCAAGGCUCAGGCCGAAGACCCUGAGAAUGCUUACGACACUCUCAAUGUCAGGGACACGUGGUUCUCUGCGGCCUCGUAUUUCCGCAAGGCCGACAACUACCUCCACUGCAACUGGAGCAAUCCUCUCAUCAACAGCCUGUGGGCCGAGCAGAUUGAGGCGUUCAAUAGGGGGAUAGCUGCUUUGCCUAUUCCUGGCAAGCGCAUCCGCAUUCCUGCUACCAAUGGUAACUUCACCGUUGAGGCUAUUUGGUACUCUGCUUCUGAGAGCAAGCACGACAAGCUGCCGACGUUGAUCAUCGGGAAUGGCUUCGACGCUGCGCAGGAGGACUCUUACCACAACUUCGUCGCCCCCGCCCUGGCUCGAGGAUGGAAUUGUAUCACCUACGAAGGCCCAGGACAACCAACUGUGCGCCGUGACCAGAACCUUGGUUUUAUCCCCGACUGGGAGAAAGUCGCUAUCCCCGUUGUAGAUUACGUUCUCUCGGAAAAGAAGCACAUCGUGGACGAGAACCGUCUUGUCCUCGUGGGUAACUCUUUUGGCGGCUACCUUGCUGCCCGUGCUGCAGCAUUCGAGCCCCGCCUGUCCGCAGCGGUCUUCAUCGACGGCGUCUGGGACAACUACGCUGCAUACAAAAGGGAGCUGUCCUCUGAGAUGCUCAGUAUCUAUGAGGCGGGCAACUACACGCAAUUUGACGACGUCGUCCUCUCAGCUCGGGAGGCCGGGAAACUCCCCACCGGCGCCGCCUGGGGCAUCGAUCAAGGCCUGUGGGCGUUCCACACGCACUCGCCCUCUGACUUCUUCACCCAGGUCAAGCAAUACAAUGUGGAAUCUUUCAUUGACAAGAUUAAGAUGCCUGUGUUUGUCGGGGAUGCCGAGUUGGAAAGCAGUUAUAUUGGACAACCGAAGCAGGUGGCAGAUGCGCUGGGCCACUGGGCCACUUUGCAUACUUUCAAAGGGGGUUGCUGGCUUUCAUUGCCAGACUGGUAG